GGCUUAAAAUCUAUCCAUAAUUGAGAGAUAUGAGUUCUGCAGUACGAGUGAAAGGUAAACCAAAUAGGGGUGGGGGACGCGGGAAACAUAACUCGGGCCGCGGCGGCGGUGGAGCCAAACCAAAGACUGGUGGUGGAGGAGAUGGUCGAGGUGGGAGAGGCCGGAGUCGCGGUAGGGCUCGUGGCAGGGCUCGUGGCUCUUCGUCAGCUGGUCGUGGUGGCCCAGGUGGCAACAAUGGCUUACGUGGUAGACCUCCCAAUACUUCACAUAAGAAAGUGCAUACAACCAUGAAUUCACAGUACCUUUUUGGCGAAGACGAUGAAGAUAGUGAUGAAGAUUAUAAUAACGAUUUUGAAGAUGGAUACGAUGAUGAUUUUGAUGAUAUUUAUGCAGAUUUUAUUGAUGAUGAUCCUGUUAUAAAAUCUCAGCCUAGGCCUACUCACAAUUCAUAUUCUAAUUCUCCCUCAUCAUCUUCAUCUUUUAAACGAAAUGAACACAGAAAUUCGUCGAUGAAGCAUUCAUCAGAUAGGCCUAAGCCUAGUUUCACUCCUAACACAUCAAAUGUCAGGAAACCAAAGUUUUGGGGAGAUGUACGCAAAGUUAAGAUGCAACAGCUCCAUAUGCAACCACAGAAUCAAGAGAUGGUGCGGGACGUUCUACAUGAGCUCCAUGGCCAGGAAUUUAUGAGCAAACACACCGAUGACUACGAAGAUUCACAUGUAAGGAGUGAUAGUCGUUACUGGAUGGCAACCAAACAACUAAAAAUUCAAGAAUUUCAGGCGAAUUCACUAGCAGAGGAAAAUACUGAUAAAACAAGUCCUGAAUUUAUGAAUAAAUACAGUUUGAGGAAACUAUUAAGGUAUGGAUUUCAUAAGGAUCACUGUUUAUUAGCAUUAGAAGAAAGCAAUGGUGAGCUUGAUGUGGCAUUGGAAGUGUUACUAUCCCAGUGCUACCAAGGUGACAUCAGUGCCGCUAAUCUAAUUGAUGACAGCACGAUAUCAAUGGACAGCUGCAUUGAACAACGUCAAGAAGAAGCCAUUGCGCUGAGUUCCAUUUACGGAGACGAUUUCCAGGAAAGAAUUCCAAAUCGUGUUUGGAUACUGAAGCUUCAGCUUCAACACAUGAACGAGUUUGUCGGUGAACAGUACCAAGCACAAAUAAAAGCUGAGAAGAAAUCGAAACCUCAUGUUAGAAUCGAAGAUAUAUGUGAAUUUUUUUUACGCGGUAAUUGCAGGUAUGGCGCAAGGUGCUGGAAAACACAUGCAAAGCCAGAAGAAAAAAGCAAAAUUAGUUUCGUUCCAGAAGAAGAGUUAUCAGACACAAAAUUCUAUGAGAUAGAAGUGAGAUUUCCAGAGAAUAACAAAUACCCAAAUGAACCACCUCUUGUUGCCUUCUUGAGCUCAAACGACAAACUCUCUUAUAGUAAGUGCCUUAAUAUAUCAAAACGAUUGUUCCAGGAAGCAGUGAGCCACGCUGAAAAUGCUUCUCCGUCGGUGUUUGGCAUUGUCUCGCUUCUUGAGGACGAGAGUCAAGUGGUUGAUAUGUUGAUGCAAACCGCUCUUCCUUUGAGUCUUCCGGUUCCUGUCCAAAUUCCAAGACGUUCUGCACAUCCAAAGAAAGUUGUUCCUGUGGAUUCUGAUAUGAAGGAUGUGGAAGAGAAAGAACUUAAGCCAGAGAAUUUGCCACAAGAGAGCAUGAAGAAUCAAAGCAAAGAUUACAUACCACCACAAAGAGAUCCUAAGUCUGUUGAAAGGCAGAAUAGGAGGCUUAAAGAUCAAUUCAAGAAAACACAGGGAUCUUCCUCUUACAAGUCCAUGCUUGCCCAGCGCCAGAACCUUCCCGCGUGGUCGGAGCAAGAAAGGAUCCUGAAAGUCUUGAAUGAAAACCAGGUAGUGGUCGUCAGUGGUAUGACAGGUUGUGGUAAAACAACCCAAGUCCCUCAGUUUAUACUAGAUGCUUCCCUCAAACAAGUUGGCCCAAAACUGUGCAAUAUAGUAUGCACACAGCCUAGGAGAAUAUCCGCUGUUGCAGUUGCUGACCGUGUGGCAAAGGAACGUGCAGAAAGACUCAAAGGCAUUGUGGGAUACCAGAUUCGUCUUGAAAAUAUGCAGUCUGCCAGUACUCGGCUGUUGUUUUGUACAACAGGGAUUUUGUUGAGACGUUUAGAGGGUGAUUUUACGCUGCAAGGUGUGUCCCACAUCAUAGUAGAUGAAGUGCAUGAACGAAGUGAGGAAAGCGACUUCUUGAUAAUGAUACUACGGAAUCUUCUACAAAAGAGGAAAGAUCUCAAAGUCAUCCUCAUGAGCGCAACCUUGAAUGCAGAAUUGUUUUCAAACUAUUUUGGCGGUUGUCCCGUCAUAGACAUUCCAGGUAAAACUUUUCCUGUACAACAGUACUUUCUGGAGGAUGCCAUUGAGUAUACAAGGUUUGUGGUGGAGGAGAACUCCGCCUACUCUCGACCGGUGAAACGUAAAGCACAGGUGACAUCAGAGAGCGUGGCCAAGGAGCUAACCAAAGGCAACUUCUCAGGAAGUGUUUGGGAUGAGGUGGAAAAUGCUAUGCAGUCCACAACAGCCUUUCAGCCCCCAGAAGACCACAUGAAAGAUUGGAACAUCACUCAGAGACAGUUGGCUUACAGAUAUUCAGAUUAUACAAAGUCAACUAUAAAGUCUUUGUCGAUACUGGAUCAUGAUAAGAUUAAUUACGAUCUGAUUGAAGGAUUAAUAUCAUGGAUAGUUGCUGGAGAACAUGAAUUUCCCAAAGAGGGCGCUAUUCUUGUGUUUCUACCAGGCCUGGCAGAGAUCACCAUGUUGUUUGAUCGCCUCAAAGCCUCAAUGUCAUCUCCAAAAUGUACCAUCAGAUAUAAGCUUGUUCCCCUUCACUCAAGUCUGUCAAGUGAGGAUCAGAAUUCCGUCUUUGAGAAAGCGAAGGAUGGUGAACGCAAGGUUGUCAUCUCGACAAACAUCGCCGAGACAUCCGUUACUAUCGACGACGUGGUGUUUGUUAUUGAUGCAGGCAAAAUGAAAGAAAAAAGAUAUGAUUCCAGCAAAAGCAUGGAGAGUUUGGAAACUACUUGGGUUUCUAAAGCGAAUGCGCUUCAGCGUAAAGGGCGUGCUGGUCGUGUCAUGUCAGGCAUUGCCUUCCAUCUUUUCACCAGUCAUACUUUUCAAGCAUGGCUUAGGGAGCAGCCUAUACCAGAAAUACAGCGUGUGCCGUUAGAACAAGUGGUCCUAAAAAUUAAAAUGCUUGAUGUUUUCAAUGGUCUCUUUGUAAAGGAUGUACUCAAUAACCUGCUCCAGCCGCCACCGGCCAGUAAUAUAUCAGACGCUAUCAACAGGCUAUGUAACCUAGGUGCAUUAAACAAAGCACAGGACUUGACCUCUCUUGGGUACCAUCUUGCUAGCCUGCCAGUGGACGUAAGAAUUGGGAAGUUAAUGCUCUUUGGCGCCAUUUUCAGAUGCUUGGAUCCGGUGUUGACCAUCGCUGCCAUACUAAGUUACAGAUCUCCAUUUGUUGCACCGUUUGGCAAAAAAGAAGAGGCCGACAAGAAACGUAAAGAGUUCUCCGAGGGAAACAGUGAUCACAUAACAUUGCUAAAAGCAUACAAGGGUUGGGCUACAGUGACUAAAAGAAAAUUCUCAAGUGGUUUCCAAUUCUGCCAGAACAACUUCCUGUCCAUCAAAACAUUACAGAUGUUGGCAUCAAUGAAGCAUCAAUUUGCAGAGCUGCUCAGUGAUAUUGGAUUUAUCAGUGAGAAACUGAGUGCGAAAAGAAUGGACAGAAUGGCUGGAGGAGGAAGCGACGUCGUGGCAAUGUCCAUUGCGCCUGAGGCUAACAUCAAUGCAGCUAAUCACAAGUUAGUGAUUGCUGUUCUCUGUGCUGCACUUUACCCAAAUAUAGUGCAAGUAAUGACACUGGAGUCUAAGUAUAGCCAUACAAAGGCUGGAAGUAUUCCUCUGGCUCCGAAAGCAGACGAGAUUAGGCUAAAGACCCAGCAGGAUGGAUACGUAAGCAUCCAUCCUUCUUCUGUUAACUACCAAGUCGGCCAUUUUGAAAGUCCAUAUCUCAUUUAUCACGAAAAGAUCAAAACCUCAAAGGUGUACAUCCGGGACUGCAGCAUGGUAUCCGUUUACCCACUUCUUCUGUUUGGCGGAUAUUCCCUGAACUUGGAUCUGGUGCAGGGCACAUUCAUAAUGUCAUUGGAUGACGGCUGGAUCAAGUUCCAGGUCAACGACCACAAGGUUGGUGAGAUGAUACAAGAGUUACGUUCCGAACUUGAUCUGCUUCUGACGGACAGAAUUGAAGAUCCUGCGAUGGACUUGAUGACCUGCCCGAGAGGAAGCAGGAUUAUUGCUGCCAUUGUCCAACUCAUAACAACUCAAUGAUUACUUUUAUUCUGAAUGUUUCAUUUCUAUGUGAAGUUUGAUAUGAUAUACUCAAGCAGUAGUGGUGCCAGAAAUUUGUCAACGGGUCUGACAUGUCUGACACGGGAUCUGAACUAAGGGGCCGGGGAAUGCCCUCCCUGCCCCCCGCUUGUGCCACCACUGUUUUCAGGUCGUACUUAACCAAAUUAUAAUAAUCAGAAUGUCUUGGUUUCAAAUUUUGAUGCAGAAAAUUCAUUUUUAUAAAUUGUACUUAUUAAAGUCCCGGAGAAAAUUCAGGAGUGGCAUCAUAGUUCAGUUCGUUAAUAACUUAAUGGUAACCAGAAGUCAUGGUUUUGAAUCGUGAUGUAGACAAUACUAUACAUUUUUCUAUAUUGUUUUAACAGCAAUGCAUUGUCCGUACUGAGGAGAACUCAAGAGAGUACUGUAUAUCAGUAUGGCAGAGUUGGUUAUUAAAGCAACUUGAUGGUAAUCGGAAUGUUGAGGUUCAAAUCCUGAUAGUACAAACAUAUUUUCUCAACUAGGAUUUAUCAUCUUAACAUAAUGGAGGAGUUAUUUCAUACCAACUUUUUUUGAUUUAUGUGAGUUUUGCUACCUUAUUCACACUUAACUGGGGAGGGAGAACAUCCCCUGCCUUUCUAUGAGUCAGGGUGAAUGUUUCUGUUGAAGAAUCAUCUGUAGUAAGUGUUUCUAUGAAAUGAGUACACCAGUGGCUGAUUCAGUGGGGGAAAUAUUAUUUAAAAAAUGGAGAAAAGAACGAAAAUUAUAUUUAAAUUUAAGUCUGAGCAUGCCAUUUCCGGCAAUUUAGAGGUGCCAUUAUUAUAAAUUAUCUUACCUCAGCACCAACCAUGGUGGGGCUGAGUUGAUCUAGACUCUCCAUCUGAGGAACUCCCUCCCGGGCCCCCUGUAUUUAAAUUUUUUUCAUCUGCCAUUGGGACACCAUUUCUAUAGCUUUGUCAUUGCAGUUUUUACUCUAUAUAUGUCCCUGAAGCAAUGGGAAAAGCUUUCCUGAUUCAACAAAUCAAACAGCAUCACCGGAGUGUAGCGAUUUUAUGGUAAUGGAUGUUGGUUAAUGAACUUCAGUAAAAGGAUUAUUUAUAUUUUGAAUUGAGUGUGUGAAAAUUCAUAAGUUGUGAUCAGGGACCGUCCUUUCUGAGCUACCUCGUGUUUUUUUGGUGAUCAAAAAUGUUGCCUAUAAACACCAAUUUUAAGAGCAUUUUGGUUUUUGCUUUUUUCAACACACUGUAAUGUAUACUUCUGCACAUUCCAGAAGCCUUAUGUUUGCAGGCAAUGCCAAAGUUUUCAACAUAUAUAUUGUCUCAAUCUGGUUCCAAUACAUUUGGAAGUGCUAUACAACAUUGCAAUUAGUGGUUUCUGGAUAAUUGUUUAAAUCCUUUGCUUUGUGAUAACCUUAAUAUGUAGUUACUACAAAAAUAAAAAGUAUGUUUUAAGAUGAUAAUUGGAAAGCUUAAUGUUUAACACAGAAUAUAUUUUUGAUAAUAUGAAAGUAUUUAAUUACAGCAGAGAUAUAUUACUUAA